CAACACACACACACAAACACACGGCCCUUUCCACACCGUUUGGUGCGUUGUUUGUGGUUUGGUGAAAAUUUAUCUUAAAGUUUGAAGUGUUUUACAAAAGCGACGAAAACUUGGUGCUUAGUUUAGUGAUAUUUGCACACAGUGGUGCAGUUCUUCCUGAUAGCAAGUAAGAUUGUGUACGUGGGUGCGCUGAGAGUGUGUUUAUUACGUCGUCUUCUGUGCGGAAGGCCGCGCGGCAAACAUCAUGGCUGCACCGAUUGAAAUCCCGCUGAGGGACACGGACGAGGUUAUAGAGCUCGAUCCGGAACAGCUUCCCGAGGGUGAAGAGGUGCUUGGCAUCUUGCGGCAGGAGCGCUCCCAGCUCAAUACGUGGGUGACGGUCGCGUUGGCGUACUACAAGCAAAAGAAAACAGAUGAUUUCAUCAAAAUCCUCGAGGCGUCCCGCGUGGACGCCAACAUCCACUAUCGGGACUUUGAGAAGGACCAGAUGCGUGCGUACGAUAUGCUGGCCGCGUACUACGUGCAGGAAGCCAACCGGGAAAAGUCGAAGGACAAGAAGCGCGACCUGUUCCUGAAGGCGACGCUCCUCUACACGACCGCGGACAAGAUCAUCAUGUACGAUCAGAACCAUCUGCUCGGCCGUGCGUACUUCUGUCUGCUGGAGGGCGACAAGAUGGACCAGGCCGAUGCACAGUUCAACUUUGUGCUGAACCAAUCGCCCUCCAACAUACCGUCGCUGCUCGGCAAGGCGUGCAUCGCGUUCAACAAGAAGGACUAUCGGGGUGCGCUGGCGUUCUACAAGAAGGCGCUUCGGACCAACCCGAACUGUCCGGCCGCGGUACGGCUCGGUAUGGGGCACUGCUUUCUGAAGCUGAGCAAUCCGGACAAGGCGAAGCUAGCGUUCCAGCGGGCGCUCGACCUCGAGCCGCAGUGCGUUGGUGCGUUGGUCGGGCUGGCCAUCCUGAAGCUGAACCUGCACGAGCCCGAAUCGAACCGGAUGGGCGUGCAGAUGCUGUCGAAGGCGUACACGAUCGAUUCGACCAACCCGAUGGUGCUGAACCAUCUGGCGAACCAUUUCUUCUUCAAGAAGGAUUACCAGAAGGUGCAGCAUUUGGCGCUGCACGCCUUCCACAAUACGGAAAACGAAGCGAUGCGUGCGGAAAGCUGCUACCAGCUGGCACGCGCCUUCCACGUGCAGCGCGACUACGAUCAGGCGUUCCAGUACUACUAUCAGUCGACGCAGUUUGCGCCGGUGAACUUUGUGCUGCCCCACUUCGGUCUCGGACAGAUGUACAUCUAUCGUGGCGAUUCGGAAAAUGCUGCACAGUGUUUCGAGAAGGUGCUGAAAGCACAGCCGGGCAAUUACGAGACGAUGAAGAUUUUGGGCUCCCUGUACGCGACUUCCUCCUCGCAGUCGAAGCGUGACAUUGCCAAGAACCACCUGAAGAAGGUAACGGAGCAGUUCCCGGACGAUGUGGAGGCGUGGAUCGAGCUGGCCCAAAUCCUGGAGCAGAACGAUCUGCAAGGCUCGCUGCAGGCGUACGGCACCGCUACGAGCAUCCUGACGGAGAAGGUGAACGCGGACAUACCGCCCGAGAUACUGAACAACGUGGCCGCCCUGCACUACCGGUUGGGCAAUCUGGACGAGGCGAUGUCGAAGCUGGAGCAGGCGAUCGAGCGGGCCAAGAUUGAGGCGCAGCACGACGCACAGUACUACGAUUCCAUCUCCGUCUCGAUGACGUACAAUCUGGCCCGGCUGUACGAAGCGAUGGCCGUGUUCGACAAGGCGGACAAGCUGUACAAGGACAUCCUGAAGGAGCACCCGAACUACAUCGACUGCUACCUGCGGCUGGGGUGUAUGGCCCGCGACAAGGGUUUGAUUUUCGUGGCGUCCGAUUUCUUCAAGGACGCGCUGAAGAUUAACAUGGAAAACCCGGACACCCGGUCGCUGCUCGGCAACCUGCAUCUCGCCAAGAUGCAGUGGACGCUGGGCCAGAAGAACUUUGAGACGAUUCUGAAGAAUCCGGCCACCUCGAGCGACGCCUAUUCGCUCAUCGCGCUCGGCAACUUUUGGCUGCAAAGCUUGCACCAGCCGAACCGGGACAAGGAGAAGGAAAAGAAGCACCAGGAGAAGGCGCUCGCCAUCUACAAGCAGGUGCUGCGCAACGAUCCGAAGAACAUAUGGGCGGCGAACGGGAUCGGCGCCGUGCUCGCGCACAAGGGCUGCAUCAUUGAGGCGCGCGACAUCUUUGCGCAGGUGCGCGAAGCGACGGCCGACUUUUGCGACGUGUGGAUCAACAUUGCGCACAUCUACGUGGAGCAGAAGCAGUACAUUAGCGCGAUCCAGAUGUACGAAAACUGCCUGAAGAAGUUCUACCGCCACAACAACGUAGAGGUGAUGCAGUACCUGGCCCGGGCCUACUUCCGGGCGGGCAAGCUGAAGGAGGCGAAGAUGACGCUGCUGAAGGCGCGGCGGGUUGCGCCGCAGGACACGGUGCUGCUGUUCAACAUUGCGCUCGUGCUGCAGCGGCUCGCCACGUUUGUGCUGCGCGACGAGAAGUCCGUCCUGAGCGUGGUGCUGCAGGCGGUGCACGAGCUCGGACUGGCGCACAAGUACUUUACCUACCUGUCCGUGCACGGGGACAAGACGCGGUACAACAUUGCGCUGGCCGAGACGGAAGCGAACCAGUGCCAGGAUCUGCUGCAGCAGGCGCAGUACCACGUGUCGCGGGCGCGCAAGAUCGACGAAGAGGAGCGCUCGCUGCGCCAGAAGCAGGAGCUGGAGCGGGAAGAGUUCAAGCGCCGCCAGGCGGAGGAUCGCCGCCGGAUGGAGGAGAUGCGCCGCAAGGCGCACGAGGAGAUGCUGCUCAAGCGCCAGGAGUACAAGGAGAAGACGAAGAACGCACUGUUCUUUGCCGAGCCGGCGCCGGAGGCGAAGAAGAAGGGUGGCCGUGGACGGAAGGACUACAUUUCCGACUCGGAUGCAAGCGGCGGUGAGGUCGGUGGGGGCGGUGGUAGCGGCGGCGAGGAGGGCUCGGGAGCGCCCAAGGAGCGGAAGCGCAAGGGCGAGAAGAAGCCGCGCAAAUCGCAGGGCGGCGGCAGUCGGAAGCGCAAGGAGAAGGCACGCCGCGGAAGUGGUGGCGAUUCGGACAGCGAGGAGGAGGAGGGCGAAGGUUCGCGCAAGCGCAAGAAGAAGGGCGCAUCCGGCGGGCAGAAGAAGCGCCAGAAGGCGAUGGACGAAGGGCUGUCGCAGAAGCAGAAGGGGCGCAUCCUGUCGAAGGCCACCGUGUCGACGAGCGAGUCGGACAGCGACGACAGCCGGCUGAAGAUAGCGAGCGGGGACGAGUCGGGCGGUGAGUCGGGCGCGCCGGCAACGAAGCGCAAGCGCCGCAUCGCGUCGGACGAAGAAGAUUCGGAUGGGUCGCAGCGUCGAUCGCGGUCCCGGUCGCGGUCCGGGUCGGGCUCACGGUCCCGGUCGCGGUCGGGCUCGGGCAGCCGGGCCGGUAGCCGUGCCGGCAGUGGCUCGCGUAGUCGUAGCCGUUCGCGCAGCCGCUCCCGUAGCCGAUCGGGCAGUGCGAAAGGAUCGCGCUCGAGAAGCCGCUCCGGAUCGGGCGGAAGUCGCAGCCGUAGCCGGUCGCGUAGCCGCAGCCAGAGCGCUGGAAGCCGUAAGAGCGGCAGCCGUAGCCGCAGCCGCAGCCGCAGCGGAAGCCGGGGAAGUCGCCGGUCCCGUUCGCGGUCCCGCUCGCGGUCCGGAUCGCGGUCCAGGUCGCGGUCGGGCUCGGGCAGUAGACAGGCAUCGCCGAUCUCGCGCAAGUCCGUCUCGGGCUCGGAAUCGGAGUGAAUGGUGGUUCUUCGUCCACCCUCCGGACGCACGGGUGCCAGGGGGUGUCGUCGGUAGUGUGUGCAGUUUUUAAGUGUAAAGAAGACAGCUAGAUUUUAGCAAACCGAUCGUAUUGAAUCGAAUAAAGUUAAGCCAACUGGAAACAGCAUCCAAACAACGGCA